AUGAAGGUUAAGCUCACAACGGGGAGCGUCGAUUCCAUCCUCCGAGUCCUGCCAAAAGUUCACCUUCCGACUGUGAAGAACCGAAGUAACGGGGCCGACCCGUUUUCCACUUAUAAGAAGCCCUGCCUGUCAACCGUUCUCGCGCGCGCUUUCAAGUCUCUUCACGGUACCUCCGCGGCAUCGCGCACCAGACUUCGAGCACGAUUUAGGUCGAUCCUCGUUGCGAUCUUGGCUUCAUGCAGGAUAGUGAAGGUCAUUCGCGGCUUCGACAUGGCUUGUCUGCGCAUUCAGCGUACUCUGGACAAGGUACCAUCUCAGACCUCGCUCAGCAAGCAUGCUCGAAGCCAGAUUGCUCUCCUCGCCAAAUACGCCCUUCUGAUCAGUACCAUCAUGACGGCGCUAUACGACAUGACAAACAAUAUCCGGGACCUCGUUGUAUCUCAGCAAGAUCCCGAGGCGUUGAUGUCUACCGUUCACCAGGCUCAUCACGCUCUUCUGCGCCUACUCGGGCGCGCGGUCGAAGAAGGCUCUCAGGCGCAAGACUCUCUAGCGUUCUUCGAGAAAGAAGCCAUCCGUACGCUAUCCUACCCUCGCAUCAUCCAGACCCUUCUCGUAUUUCUCCUCGGAUCAGACUGGAGCCAUCGAGAGGUUGCGCGCACGACGGUCCCUCCUGCCAUCCGAGGAGUCCGCACUGAUCUGCAAUCCAUAGUCGCUCUGACCGUCCACUUGAGAGACUGCGUCGUGGAACUCCGGCAGAAGUUCUCUAUCGCUCAGCUUGUGACUAUCAGAGGGGCGCAGGAGACGAUGCGUAGCGAGAUCAGUGUUUUCAUCAAGCAGGAGGCAUGGGUGCUAUACUCGCACGCGCGCACCGCAAAAGAGACCGCCGAUUUCAUCGGAAAACUCGCGGAGGAGCCGUGUCCUAGGUUGUAACGCAAGGGCUCUUCUUUGCACGGCGGAUACGUGCGAACAAAUUCGAGGUGCAAUGGGGAGGCCCAUCAGUGUGAUUCUGAAAUUCUCAAUAUAUGGUGGUUUGGAAUGCUUUCUUAGUCUUUUCUUCAACGUGACUCGGGCGUUGGCCCAGCCUUGCUUUCGUGCUUUGCGGAUACAGUGGGCUACAACUCCGAACACUGUACACGACGUAAUUCAAUCCCUUACUCCUUCACACACUUGGCGAUACCGUACUUCUCCUGUAGCCCACUGAUUACAUAACCGUCCUGCCACCCUUCUAUACCGAUGAAGCCCGAUACUUGCCAGUCUUCAUCCAUGUAGUCGUCUGCGAUUGUAGAAGAGCUGUAUAUCUUUCAAGUGCG